AUGCUUAAAAACCUUACUGGUUCCGCUAUUGCUGGUGCUCUUGGUGGAUUCAAUGCCCAUGCUAGUAACAUUGUUUCUGCAGUCUUUAUAGCCACUGGACAAGAUCCAGCACAAAAUAUUGAGAGUUUCCCAUUGCAUAACCAUGAUGGAAGCCGUGGGUACUGUUGGGGUGGAACUCAACUUGCAUCCCAGUCCCUUGCUUGUAAUUUACUUGGUGUGAAGGGUGCGAGCAAGGAGUCCACCAGAGAUCAAAACUACAAGACUUUGGCUGCCAUUGUGUUGCUGGAUCUGUUUUAA